GUUACAAGAGGUUACAACGGAGUACAAGGGGUUAUAAGAGGUUACAGGGGGUUUAAAGGGGUUACAGGAGGUUACAAGGGAUUACAAGAGGUUUCAGGGGGUUGCAUCAGGUUACAGGAGGUUACAAGAAUUACAAGGUAUUACACGGGGUUUCAAGAGGUUAUAGGAGGUUGCAAUGGAUUUCAAGAGGUUACAGGGGGUUAAAAGAGGUUACAGAAGGUUACAACGGAUUUCAGGAGGUUACAUGGGGUUACAGCGGGUUACAGAAGAUUACAGCAAGUUACAAGGGAUUACAAAUAGGGUACACGUGGUUAUAAAGUGUUACAAAAGGUUACAAAGGGUUACAAGAGGUUACAGGUGCUGGCAAGGACUUACAAGAGGUUACAGCAGGUUACAGGGGUUUACAAGGGGUUACAUGAAGUAACAAGGGAUACAAAGAGGUUACAGGGGGUUACAAGAGGUUUGAAGCGGUUAGAGAAGGUUACAAGAAAUUACAAGAGGUUACAGGGGGUUACAAGGGGUUACAAGAGGUUACAUGGGGUUACAAGAAGUUACAGCAAAUUAAAAAGGAUUACAAAAGGUUUCAGGGAGUUACUAGGGAUUUCAGGAGGUUAGAGGGGUUUACAAGAGGUUACAGGGGGUUACAAGGGGUUACAGAAGGUUACACGGGGUUACAAAAGGUUAAAGGAGGUUACAAGAGGUUACAGGGGGUUACAAGAGGUUACAAGGGAUUACAAGGGAUUUAAAAAGGUGACAGUGGGUGCAAAAGGUUACAAGAGGAUAGAGAGGGUUACAAGAGGUUACAAUGGGUUCCUUGGGUUGCAAAGGGUUACAUGAAGAAACACUGGAUUAUAAGAGGUUACAGCGGGUUACAAGAGGUUACGAGGGGUUACAAAAGGUUGCAAGGGAUUACAAGAGAUUACAGGAGGUUACAAGAGGUUACAAAAGGUUACAAGGGAUUACAAGGGGUUACAAGAGGUUACAAGGGAUUACAAGGGGUUACAGGGGGUUACAAGGGGUUACAGGAGGUUAAAAGGGAUUACAACAGGUUACAGGAGGUUAUAAGGGGUUACAACAGGUUACAAGCGAUUACAAGAGGUUACAAGGGGUUACAAGAGGUUACAAGGGGUUACAGGAUGUUACAAGGGAUUACAAGGGGUUACAAGGGGUUACAGGGGGCUACAAGGGGUUACAAGGGGUUACAAGGGGUUACAGAAGGUUACAAGGGGUUACAAGGGGUUACAGGGGGUUAAAAGGGGUUAGAGGAGGUUAAAAGGGAUUACAAGAGGUUACAGGGGGUUUCAAAAGGUUAAAGGAGGUUAAAAGGGGUUACAGGGGAUUAAAAGAAGUUACAAGGGAUUACAAGGGAUUUAAAGGGGUGACAGUGGGCACAAGGGGUUACAAGAGGAUAGAGAGGAUUACAGGAGGUUACAAUGGGAUCCUUGGGUUGCGAGGGGUUCCAAGAGGUUAGCGGGGUUACGACAGGUUACAAGGGGUUACAUGAAGAAACACUGUAUUACAACAGGUUACAGGGGGUUAAAAGGGGUUACAAGGGCUUACAGGGGUUACAGGGGCUUACAAAAGGUUACAAGGGAUUACAAGAGGUUACAGGGGGUUCUAAAAGCUUACAGGAGGUUACAAGGGGUUACAAGAGGGUACAGGGGGUUACAAGAGGUUACAGAAGGUUACAAGGGAUUGCAACAGGUUACAGGGGUUACAAGAGGUUAGAAAAGGUUAAAAGGGGUUACAAUAGGUUACAGGAGGUUACAAGGGUUAAAAGAGGUUACAAGGGAUUACAAUGGGUUACAAGGGGGUUAAAAGUUAUUAAAAGAGAGGUUACAGGGGUUACAAAGGGGGGUUACAGGGGAUUACAAAGGGGUUACAAGAGGUUACAAAGGGAUUACAAAGGGGUUACAAGGGGUUACAGAAGUUUACAAGGGGUUACAGGGGUUAGGGGUUAGGAGGUUACAACGGAUUACAAGAGGUUACAGGGGGUUACAAGGGGUUUCACAAGGUUAAAAGGGAUUGCAAGAGCUUACAGUGGGUUACAAGGCGUUAAACGAGGUUGCAAGGGAUUACAAGAGGUUACAGAAACUUACAAGGGGUGACAGGAAGUUACAACAGAUUACAAGAGGUUACAUGAAGUUAAAAGAGGUUAGAGAAGGUUACAAGGGAUUACAAGAGGCUACAGGGGGUUGCAAGGGGUUACAGGAGGUUACAAGGGAUUACAAGAGCUUACAAGAGGUUACAAGGUAUUACAAAAUGUUACAAGGGGUAACAAGAGGUUACAAGGGAUUACAAGGGGUGACAAGGGGUGACAAGGAGUUACAGGGGGUUACAAGGGAUUGCAAGAGAUUACAGGGGGUUACAAGUGGUUACAGGAGGAUACAUUGGAUUACAAGAGGUUACGGGGGGUUAUAAAGGGUUUCAGAAGGUUAAAAGGAAUUAAAAGAGCUUACAGUUGGUUACAAGCCGUUACACGAGGUUAGAAGGGAUUACAAGAGGUUACAGGGGGUUAGAAAGCGGUUAAAGGUUACAAGGGUUACAAGAGGUUACAGGAAGUUACAAGGUUGACCGGAGGUUACAGCUGAUUACAAGAGGUUACAUGGGUUUUAAGGGAUUACAAAGGGAUUUAAAGGAAGUGGGUUACAAGGGGUUACAAAGGAGGUUACAGGUGGGUUACAAGGGGUUUACAAGGGUUUCAAAGGUUACAAGGGAUUACACGGGUUAAAGGGGUUACAUGAAGAAAAACUUUAACAAGAGGGUGACAAGGGGUUACAGGGGGUUAAAAGGGGUUACAAAAGGUUACAAGGAAUUACAAGAGGUUACAGGGGGGGUUACAAGAGGUUACAGGGGUUUUACAAGAGGUUACAGGGGAGGGUUAAAAGAGGUUACAAGGGGUUACAAGGGGUUACAGGGGGUUACAAGAGGUUACAGAAGGUUACAAGGGAUUACAAGAGGUUACAGGGGGUUACAAGGGGUUACAGGAGGUUACAAGGGAUUACAAGAGGUUACAGGGGGUUACAAGGGGUUACAAGAGGUUACAAGGGAUUACAAGGGGUUACAGGAGGUUACAAAAAGGUUACAAGGGAUUACAAGAGGUUACAGGGGGUUACAAGGGAUUACAAGAGGUUACAAGGGGUUACAAGAGGUUACAGGAUGUUACAAGGGGUUACAAGGAGGUUGCAAGAGGUUACAAGGAUUACAAAAUGUUACAACAAACAAGAGGUUACAAGGGGUUACAAGGGGUUACAGGAGGUUACAAGGGGUUACAGAAGGUUACAAGGGAUUAUAAGAGUUUAAAGAGGGUUACAAGGGGUUACAGGAGGUUACAAGGGAUUACAAGAGAUUAGAGGGGGUUACAAGUGGUUACAGGAGGAUACAAGGGAUUACAAGAGCUUACAGUGGGUUACAAAGGGUUUCAGAAGUUAAAAGGGAUUACAAGAGCUUACAGUGGGUUACAAGCCGUUACACGAGGUUAGAAGGGAUUACAAGAGGUUACAGGGGGUUAGAAGCGGUUACACAAGGUUACAAGGGAUUACAAGAGGUUACAGGAAGUUACAAGGGGUGACCGGAGGUUACAGCUGAUUACAAGAGGUUACAUGGUGUUACAAGAGGUUACAAGGGAUUACAAGGGAUUUAAAGGGGGGACAGUGGGUACAAGGGGUUACAAGAGGAUAGAGAGGGUUACAGGAAGUUAGAAGGGGUUCCUUGGGUUUCAAGGGGUUCCAAGAGGUUAGGGGUGCUACGACGGGUUAAACGGGGUUACAUGAAGAAACACUGGAUAACAAGAGGUUACCGGGGGUUACAAGGGGUUACAGUGGGUUAAAAGGGGUUACAAAAGGUUACAAGGAAUUACAAGAGGUUACAGGGGG